UUGCACGCGUUUCGUUCGCUAGAAUAAUCGUCGAAGGAAUUUUUGGAGCGACGUGGCGUUUUUUACAAGUCGGAUUGGUAGAAAAAAUAACUUCCGAUAACGCCGGGCAAUUUUUCGUCCGAGUUAAAAAAAAAUGCAUUUCUCACGCCAUUCUGCCAGGAAAAAACUUCGACGUUUCCAACCGUAAUUCGUAGGAAAAGUCGUAGCGUUCCGCUAGCGCGACAAAGACACGCCCUCGGGGUUUGUUCCCUUUUGCCGUUUACUGAUACGGUCUAUUUGCAUUUAUCGGAUUCUAAAAUAAAUUCGAAACGUCACGCGAUACUCCGAAAUUGCCGCCUAAAUCCGCGCGUAAUUACUGCCUCCACUAAUUAAACAAAGUAGACAAACGCGCGCAUGCCGAGAAAUCCACACAAACGCGUCUUUUCCAGGUCUCCCCCGGCCUUUUACGUCAUCGUACGAGGAAAUGGGACGCGCGUGGAUCGAAGAACUUUAGUUCUAGAUCGGCAUUUUUUUCUACAAGAUCAAACGAAUUAGCAUAGUUCUGUCCGCUUUAAUAAUUAAAGUUAUUGGGGUGUUGUUAACGAGGAAAACGGAGACAAUACCGUUGUUUUCUCAAGUACCGCCCGUGGGCAUUUCUUGCCUAUUAUGUUACAGAAGCCAAGUGGGUCGGAGGAGUCCCCGUUUUACGCGCCACGGUUCUCUCGCGGAUGAAGAAAACGCUCGUAGUGGGCGGAUACUUUUUCGGACGGGGGAAAUUAGGGUAGAAAUAGGGAAUUUCCCGUUAGGUGGCGAAAAUCCGAAACGAACUUGCGACGGAAAACGUAUUGUUAAAGAAUUCCAUUGCGCGAAUAAAUUAUGUAUGCGAACGAGGAGAUUCCGGGAGUAAUAGGGAAUUUUCCCUCAAGAAAAUCGCGACAAAAAGCCAACAUUUUUAUAGAAAGUGUUUCCUUGCGCCAACGAAUUACGCCUUGGGGAUUUUCAAACUCUUAAGUGCUAAGGGGCAAAUCCGGUAAAGGCGCGGACAAUCGGGCAUUUGAAAUUCCCGCAGAAACGACUCGAUGCGUCGGUUACAAACGUCAACAGACUCGUACGGGGUUAAAGUAGGACGACGUCAUAAUUUCUAAAUAAGUGAGGGGCACGGACUUUCCGGCAAACUUAUCACGUUUUUCGCUCAAGAAAGCGUUAAAUAGAAUCGGAACUUCUAAAAGCGCCAGGGAACGUAGCGGACCCGGAAGAAGCGAUACACGAAACGUUCUCACGAGGAUUUUUUUUUUCUGUUGCUGCAGGUUUCUGCCCCCCGGCGAGCGACGCGUUUCGUUUCGUCUCCGCCAAUCGACGCCGUCGCGCCGCGCCGAGCGGCUAAGGGGUUGGAUUUUUUCCGGCCGAGAGGAGCCGAGGAAAAGUCUCGCGCAAUCUUUUGUGCGGCAUCGAACACGAGACAACGACAUUCUGAAUGCGUCUGCGGGACGAUCCUUGAGGAUUUCGUAGGAUUUUUACUUGUCGACGCCGCAUCGAAAAUGGCAAACUGCGGAAAUUACUGUUUACUUUUCUUAACUGUGGCAUCGUUACUCGAUCUCCCCUCCUCCUUUCCUUCAGAACGAAGACGAGUUAUUUAUUAUAGUCUCCCGCGAGGAAAGAAUCCCGCCACGGUCAACCCGUCCAAAUUAUCAUCCAUCUUGUCACCACUUCUGAAGGGAAGAACUACUACACCAUUGUCUCCGAAAAAAGAAAGCAAGACUCCAGAUAUGACAAAAGGGCAGAGCAUCAUCAUCUUUUAUCAAAAUUCGGAUAAUUUCCCAUCGGUGAAAUCAAAAAACUUUCAAGAUUUAUUUUCUAGAUUUCUGACUCGUCAGUUUUCAAAUAGGAUGAUGAUGAUUGUCCCUGCUGGUGGUGGAUCAUCACCUUCUAUUAACACCACCGCUAGUACUAGUAACAGUACCAAUACCAAUACCACCACCACUACCACUACUACUACUACCACUACUACUACUACAACUACAACAACACCUUCCCCUACAACUACAGUCAGAAGUACAUCCUCAUUGCCUCCAACUCCAAAUACUUUCAAUACUACUGCUAUUAUCAUGUCUCAAAAGGAUAAUUUGACUCUUUCUGAUCCUGACUUGUCAUCAUCUGUUUUAGAACCAGUUCAGCUUUCAAAUGACACUAGUGACAAUCAGACAUCCUUAAUGAAUGAAACUAAUAUUGUGCAUUUGGAAGCAAACCACACUGCAAUGGAAACGAUACUGGAAAUAGCCAAUACGACGUCAUUUGUGCAGCCAAAUCUAACUACGAAACGACCGCAUACUACUAAAAGUAAAAAUCACACGAGUGUCCAAUAUUCUAUAUCCACUUACAGUGUUAGCAGUUCAGACAAUUCAGAAACUAGAACUUAUUCUUUUGAACCAAAAAGACUGAAACCGCAGGAAGAAAGUAAAAUUAAAAUGAGAGAUCCUGGAUACAUAAUUUUCUCUGCAUUAAAUCCCAAUAUAUCUGAUGUACUUCGACCUGUCUACAGAGGAAGUAAUGACGAUUCAAAAGUGAGUGAAGAGACACAAACUUCAAUUUCUGUCAGUGUAGAUAAUUCUGACAAUACCUUCUCAACACCAUCUCCAAAAACUUAUGUAUUAAUAGAAGAUUUCCAAGGGGAAAAAUUAACUAGGAAAGCAACUAAGAAAACUAAUCCAUCUGAUAAAAGUCAAACACAAACAAGCCACGAAUCAAAGAAAACUGUUGCAGGAUCUCUCAAAAAUCUCAGACAUUCUAAUUAUCACAUAACAAAUUAUACUUAUGUAGCAGAUGAAACUACUGCCGACAGAAGGAUGUCGACAUCAGAUUCCGAUAUGAAAACAUCCGAAACAGAAUUUCUCCCGCUCACCGACAUAACUUUCUUCAACCCCUUCCCCGCAUUCAAUUCGGACGGUGAUUCAUCAGAGGAUCGUGGUGGUUACGGAGGCUACUCUGAAGACCGACCGGGACAGUAUUAUCAUGCUUCCGAAGCUAGAGAAAAAGAUUACGGAGUAUUGGGAAGUGGAAAUUUUGAAGUCGUAAAAGGAGGUAUAUAUAAAGAAGAAGAAGGAUCCGAAAACAAUCUCCGCUACCACCGUGCUAAUCCAGAACCCUAUAACAAUCAUGGAUACCAGGAAGACGAAGCCCAGUAUGACUUUGGUCCGUUUCAGUUUCGAUUAUUCAAUGCACUGUCUGAAAGAAGACCGGUCAGGAUCUUACCUUCAAACAGAGGGUUGAGAUUUGGAAGCUCACAGCUGAUACCGACUACAGCCGAUCUGCUCGCAAUGGCAUGAUUUUCUGCAAUUUGAAAAAGAAAUUGU